GCACUAGGUGCUGGUCCUGGGCAGAACGACUGUCUCUUAUCGAUCUCCGGGUUAGCGGGCGCUCUGACUAGCGGUUUUCAGGCGGCUUAGCAUCUUCUUAUCCGACGUUCUCUGUUACAAUGUCAUGAUUCUCUGAGGAAGUCGACCAGAUAAACCUACCAGCCAUCCAGCUAUACAGGAGAAGCUUUGUCAGCAUGAAACUGUGUGCCGGACACUAUCUGCUGAUCGCUUUCUUCAUCGCCACGCAAUGUUUGCUAAUCUUUCUCCGGUAUACCUUACAUGGAGUUGAUUACUAUCGUCUGAGACGUAUCCACAAUCUCGUAAAUAUGGAGUUUGUCAUGGUGUUGGGGUCAAUGUUCAUAUGGAAGAGGGUCACUGAUGCAUUAAGCCACUUGGAUCCGGAUAAAAUCACACCGGCUCGUUUUCGCUGGCGAACAAUAUGCUUCCAAGAUGUAGCACGAGCAACCCUAUUCAUCUUAUUAGCGCUGUCUCAGCUGUCAUUUCUUUUUUACUUCUUCUUGCUUGGAGAAGAGCCCCAUAUCCUUGCACAGUUCAGUCUAGUCGGUUUGGCUGCGUAUCUUCAUGCUCUCAUUUUCUUGGCCAUCGCUGAGUUGACUUAUUGGGUCGCUAAAGCUUUGUACAAACUCGACUAUUUCAAGUCCCAAUGCAGGUAUGUGAUCAAUGGUCGUCAUCUCUAUACUUACUUGUCUUUACUUUGUGCAUCAUUAUGCAUCGUGGGUGGUCUCUACGUUACAUUUUCUGAUCCAGUAUACACUCGAGUGACGGUUCCUAUCAGGAACCUACACAACGGCAACGUAAAAGUGGCAUUGCUCAGUGAUCUUCACAUCGGCCCGACCGUUGGACACAAGAGGAUGAGCAGGAUUGCAGAAUUGACGAAUAACUUGAAUCCCGAUAUUGUGGCGAUAUCUGGAGAUCUCGCUGACGGUUUUGUUAGGGACUUCGAGGGUGCUGCUAGCCCUCUGUGCACGUUGAAAGCUAAAUACGGGGUGUAUUUUGCAACAGGUAACCAUGAGUAUAUGCAUGGAAACGUUGAAGAAUGGUUUGCUUACCUGGAAGGAUGUAACGUCACUGUGCUUCAUAAUUCUCAGAAACGGAUCAUAUUACCGAACGGCGAUAAAGUAUGCGUUGCGGGUGCUGAUGAUCUGUAUGCAGCUAAAGCUCAUUUUCCUGGGCAUGGUAUGGAUGCAAAGAAGGCUAUUGUUGGUUGCCAGCCCGGCGAUGCUGUCAUAAUGCUUGCUCAUCAGCCGAAUGCAGCUCGUGUGAUGCUUGAUGAUCGUAUCGUUAGUAAGAGGGUCGAUCUCAUCUUAUCAGGUCAUACUCAUGGAGGUCAGAUGUAUCUAUUUGUCCCAGUAAUCUACCUUGUUAAUGCGUUCGCGAGAGGUCUCUAUUACAACGAACCAACGGGCGUAUAUGUGUAUGUCUCAGCCGGUGUCAACUUUUUUGGUCCACCCAUAAAAAUGUUUGGUGCCUGUGAAAUCAUUGAUAUCACUCUGAAACCAGUGAUCUGAAUUGCUUUAGGUGUUGUGUGUAAGUACUGUUAAUCAGUAUAGCUUGUCAUCUUGUUAGUUGUUGAUUGUUUUAGUGCAAUAAAUUUUAUAUUAAUUUUCUGAAAAAA